AUGGAGAAAUCGAACAACGCAUCUGGCGUAUAUGACGCCGAAUCCCUCCAAGCCACCAACUCCAUCGCUGAUGCAGACUCCGUGGAUGGAGGUCUAUCCAAUGUUACCUCCGGGUCUCGUCUAUACCAGAUCUACCACUCCAUGUUCCGUUACGACUACAACGUGAUGACGGCCGACAAAACGCCGCUCUUUCACGUGUAUAAUUCCACCUUCACACCGAAGAAACCUGAACUCACUGUCCACGCCGGAAGCGACGAAAAGGGCCCUAGAGUCGCCGCCUGCAAGUUUCUGCACUUUUCCAGACAUGUGAAAGUCUGCUUAGGAGACCCUGAAAACGUCGGUUCUGCUCAGUGGGAAGAUCUCUUAUGCCAAAAUCUCCGGCACAACAAGUAUCGUUGGCAAAUGACUGUCAAAAGUGCUGGCGGCCCGGAAAGACGGUCUUUCCUGUGGAAGUCAACCCGCUCGGUUGGUGUUGGGGGCGAGAAGCCUUCUGUAUUCAACUCCAACUGUUGGAAGUUGGUCGAGGAGCGGUCCGGACGGGUUGCCGCCGUGUUCACAGGCACGAUGACAAGCAUCAAGAAAAGCGGGAAACUGCAGGUGGAUGCAGACUAUGGCCAAGAGUUUGAUCUGAUGGCUCUUGUGACUGUGCUCGCAUUGUAUGAAAAGCAACGACGUCGCAGCAAUAGCGCAGGAGGCGGUGGUGGUGGUGGAGGAGGUGGCGGCGGCUGA